UACUUUUGAAUACAAGAUAAGAAGACAAACAAAACCAACCUCUCCAUCUCUGCUAUAACUUUCACCAACACUUGGUUGAGCAGGCUGCAGAGAGAGCAGAGAGAGCAGGGAACAGAGAAAAACACCCAUGGCAGCUUCACCAUUCUCUGCAACCUCCACUCAAACUAGUCCAUUUUCACAUUCCAAUUCCUUCUCAAGCUUCUUAGGCUUCAAAUGCAGAAGCAGGCAUUCAUGGCCCUUCUUCAUUAGGACCUCCAGUACCUGGCAUUCCAGAAGGAGCUUGUCUAUCAUCAGGAGUGUGGCUAGCAAUCAGAAGCAGACUUUGAAGGAUCCUCCCACCCAAGAAGAUGGUCUUGAUUCAUUUGCACCAGAUUCAGCAUCAAUAGCUUCAAGCAUCAAGUACCAUUCAGAAUUCACGCCGUUGUUCUCCCCCGGACGGUUUGAGCUCCCCAAGGCAUACCUUGCAACUGCACAAAGUGUUCAGGAUAUGCUUAUCAUAAAUUGGAAUGCUACAUAUGAUUAUUAUGAGAAAAUGAAUGUAAAGCAGGCAUAUUACUUGUCAAUGGAGUAUUUACAGGGUAGAGCUUUGCUAAAUGCCAUAGGCAAUUUAGAGCUUUCUGGGCCUUACGCAGAGGCAUUGAGAAAGCUUGGGCAUAAUCUGGAGGAUGUAGCUAGUCAGGAACCAGAUGCUGCCCUUGGGAAUGGGGGACUAGGAAGGCUUGCUUCCUGCUUCCUGGACUCCCUGGCAACACUAAAUUAUCCGGCUUGGGGCUAUGGACUUAGAUAUAAGUAUGGCUUGUUCAAACAGCUCAUCACAAAAGAUGGUCAGGAGGAAGUUGCAGAAAAUUGGCUUGAAAUGGGUAAUCCUUGGGAAAUUGUGAGGAAUGAUGUCUCCUACCCUGUGAAGUUCUAUGGCAAAGUUAUCGAAGGCCCGGAUGGAAAGAAAGAAUGGAUUGGAGGAGAAGACAUAACUGCUGUUGCUUAUGAUGUCCCCAUACCGGGAUAUAAAACUAAAACAACAAUAAACCUUCGAUUAUGGUCUACAAAAUUGGCAUCAGAAGCUUUUGAUUUACAGGCUUUUAAUACUGGAGAUCAUGCCAAAGCAAACAAGGCUCAAAAAGAUGCUGAAAAGAUUUGCUAUGUAUUAUACCCUGGGGAUGAGUCAAUAGAGGGAAAAACUCUUCGUUUGAAGCAACAAUAUACAUUAUGCUCUGCCUCUCUCCAAGAUAUUAUCAGACGAUUUGAAAGGAGAUCAGGAGGACCUGUGAACUGGGAAAAUUUUCCUGAAAAGGUUGCUGUGCAGAUGAAUGAUACUCAUCCAACACUCUGCAUACCCGAGCUGAUAAGAAUAUUGAUGGAUGUGAAGGGAUUGAGCUGGAAGGAAGCAUGGGAUAUCACUCAAAGAACUGUGGCAUACACAAACCAUACUGUUCUGCCUGAGGCACUGGAGAAAUGGAGUUUGAAUCUUUUGAAGGAGUUGCUUCCUCGCCAUGUUCAGAUCAUAGAAAUGAUUGAUGAGGAGCUGAUUCAAACCAUAACUUCCGAGUAUGGAGUGGAGGAUCUAGACUUGUUGCAGCAAAAAUUGAAACAAAUGAGGAUCUUGGACAAUGUUGAGUUACCUUCCUCAGUCUUAGAAUUGCUUGUUAAAUCAGAAGAAAAAGGUCCUGCGGUUGAUACAAUUGAAGAAACUGAAACUUCAAAUGAAGGAAUAAAACCUAGUAAUAAAAAAGAUGAGCUUGAUGUGGAGGAGUCUGAGACAGAAGAAAAAGUGACUUUUGAACCUGAUCUGAAACCGCCAGAGAUGGUUCGUAUGGCUAAUCUGUGUGUAGUUGGUGGCCGAGCAGUCAAUGGGGUUGCUGAGAUUCAUAGUGAAAUAGUAAAAACCGAUGUUUUUAAUGAUUUCUAUGGGUUGUGGCCAGAGAAAUUUCAAAACAAAACAAAUGGGGUGACACCAAGAAGAUGGAUUCGCUUUUGCAAUCCCGAUCUUAGUAACAUCAUAACCAAGUGGACUGGAACAGAAGAUUGGGUUAUAAACACUGAGAAGUUGGCAGAACUAAGAAAAUUUGCUGAUAAUGAGGAUCUCCAAUCUGAAUGGAGGGAAGCAAAAAGGAGAAACAAGAUAAAGGUUGUGUCAUUCCUGAAAGAAAAAACCGGAUAUCUUGUCAGCCCAGACGCGAUGUUUGAUGUACAGGUGAAGCGCAUCCAUGAGUACAAGCGUCAAUUGUUGAAUAUCAUGGGAAUUGUCUAUCGCUACAAAAAAAUGAAAGAAAUGAGCCCUGAUGAGAGAAAAGCCAACUUUGUUCCUCGAGUAUGCAUAUUUGGAGGAAAAGCAUUUGCCACAUAUGUCCAGGCUAAGAGAAUUGUGAAAUUCAUCACUGAUGUAGGGGCUACAGUCAACCAUGAUCCUGACAUAGGUGAUCUUUUGAAGGUCGUCUUUGUCCCUGAUUACAAUGUCAGUGUUGCAGAAGUGCUUAUACCUGGUAGUGAGCUGUCCCAGCAUAUCAGCACGGCUGGAAUGGAAGCCAGUGGAACCAGCAACAUGAAGUUUGCUAUGAAUGGCUGCAUCCUGAUUGGAACCUUAGAUGGUGCUAAUGUUGAGAUAAGGGAAGAGGUAGGAGAAGACAACUUUUUCCUUUUUGGCGCUCGGGCUGAUGAGAUUGCAGGGCUAAGAAAAGAAAGAGCUGAGGGGAAGUUUGUGCCCGACCCUCGAUUUGAAGAAGUGAAGGCAUACGUCAGGAGUGGUGUUUUUGGCCCCUACAACUAUGAAGAACUGAUGGGAUCCCUGGAAGGGAAUGAAGGCUAUGGGCGUGCUGAUUACUUCCUUGUUGGCAAGGACUUCCCUAGCUACAUAGAGUGCCAGGAGAAGGUUGAUGAGGCAUACCGAGACCAGAAAAAAUGGACAAAAAUGUCAAUCCUGAACACGGCUGGUUCAUACAAGUUCAGCAGUGACCGAACAAUUCAUGAAUACGCGAGACACAUAUGGAUGAUCGAUCCUAUUGUAAUACCAUAAAAAAGAAAAACGAUACGAGCUAUCAAGCGAUUUACUAUUGUUACUGUGAUUAUAGAGCUAAAUUUAGAUCUCCUAGCUAUGUGAAAACCAUUAGAAAUUGAACACCCUUGUAAUCAAAUUACAUGUAUAUUUCUUGAAGAUAGGAAAAAAAAAUGUAUGUAAGCAAAUUUGUUAGGCCCAUGUAGGUUUUGUGAGACUCUUUGAAGAUGCCUUGGCCCGCUGGGCUCUGGUGCUUAAUUCAAAGCCUUCAUCUUCAAAUA